UCAUACGCCGCUCACUAUGUUAAUGUUAUUAAUUCUCCGCCAUUCGCAUUCUGCUGAAAGGAUUUCUCACCCUCUCCCAAUUUCUUUAUCUCACUGUCCGUAAUCCUUUCACUCUAACCCGUUUUUAAACUCGUGCUGUUGAACACCUCGGAGAUUGGCUUGGUGAACCAGAAACAGGUGACGACGACGACCCUAGAUUUUCUGGACAGAACCUUCUCUUGUUCAAGUGUCAACUGAUUUUAUGGAAGACUGCUGUCGUGGUGUUUCUAUACUUUGCUUCGUACAAUGUGUUUGGAAUUCACCUGAAUGAAGUAGCUUCCAUGGCCAGCGUUUCACCCAAUACCCUCCUAAGUUUCCUCCCUACUCUGUGGCAAUUGUGCUGCUUCUAUUUUUCUGCGUUUAAUUUAUGAGAGCGAAAUUUGCAACUCCAUGGCCUAAGUGUCAUGGCACCCCCUAAUUGGUAGGGCGAGGAAGUUGCUCCGAGGACUUGGGUACGGUUUGGUGACAUUGAUAUUCCCCGGUUCGCUUCCAGAGUGAGCGUAUGCCUGGGAAUAAGUAUAACGGUAAUCCAAAUCAUUUUCCAGGUCGUGUUGAACGACUUGUCCGAGAAAGAGAACUAAGAAAAAUCACCAGGGCUUCUCAUUUCAAUGAGUCAGCUGAUAAUAAUAAUAGGGUUACUAAACCGUUUGAGCAUAACCUGCGUUCAAGAGAAGAUAAUAACUCAGGAACUUCUAAUGCGCAAUACCUGGAGGCAACUGCAAGGGGUCUUUAUCAGGGACGUGAAAGCCAAGAUGGGAGGCCUUAUAGACUUUUGGUGGUGGCCAACAGGCUGCCAGUCUCAGCAGUUAGGAGAGGCGAAGAUUCAUGGUCUCUGGAGAUUAGUGCUGGAGGUCUAGUUACCGCUCUUUUAGGUGUGAAGGAGUUUGAGGCAAGGUGGAUAGGGUGGGCUGGUGUCAACGUGCCAGACGAGAUUGGACAGAAGGCACUUACUAAAGCUUUGGCUGAAAAGAGGUGCAUUCCAGUGUUUCUUGAUGAAGAGAUUGUUCACCAAUAUUAUAAUGGUUACUGCAAUAACAUCUUGUGGCCCCUUUUUCAUUACCUUGGACUACCCCAAGAAGAUCGCCUUGCUACUACACGGAGCUUCCAGUCUCAGUUUGCAGCAUACAAGAAAGCAAACCAAAUGUUUGCUGAUGUCGUGAACGAGCACUACGAAGAGGGUGAUGUUGUUUGGUGCCAUGACUACCAUCUCAUGUUUCUUCCAAAAUGUUUAAAGGAAUAUAACAAUAAAAUGAAAGUUGGCUGGUUUCUUCACACGCCAUUUCCAUCUUCUGAAAUUCAUAGGACAUUACCAUCACGUUCAGAGCUCCUUCAUUCUGUUCUUGCUGCUGAUUUAGUAGGAUUUCACACCUAUGAUUAUGCCCGCCAUUUUGUUAGUGCCUGUACUCGCAUUCUUGGACUUGAGGGCACUCCUGAAGGGGUUGAGGACCAGGGGAGAUUGACUCGAGUUGCUGCAUUUCCAAUUGGGAUAGACUCUGAUCGAUUCAGACGUGCCCUUGAGCUUACUGAAGUGAAGAAUGAUAUCAAAGAAUUGGAAGAAAGAUUUGAGGGUAGAAAGGUAAUGUUAGGUGUUGAUCGCCUUGAUAUGAUUAAAGGGAUUCCCCAGAAAAUUCUAGCAUUUGAAAAGUUUUUGGAAGAGAAUGCUUAUUGGCGUGAUAAAGUAGUUUUGCUUCAAAUUGCUGUGCCAACAAGAACAGAUGUUCCUGAGUGUAUGCUCAUGUUACUUUUCCUUUUGAGCCUUCUACAGUAUAAAAGUUCACAAAAUAGGCUUAUCUUUUACAAUAUUGCUCAUGUCCUAUAAGGGGCAGAUUGAUAU